UAAUGAUUUGCGGAAAAACAGUCCAGAAAAGUUACUUUUUCAUUGAAAGUUUGCGUGUUAGAGGACCUGAAUCAAAACACUUCUGAGUAAGAUGAACUAAGUAGUGAACGGAGUGGAAAGACACCAUGGUGGAACCAGUUCCUGAAUCCAUCCACUUUCCCUCUGAGGAGGAACGGGUGCUCCAGUUGUGGAAGGACAAGGAUUGCUUCCAAGAAUGUCUCAAACAGUCCAAGAACCGACCAAGGUACACAUUCUAUGAUGGGCCUCCAUUUGCCACUGGUUUGCCUCAUUAUGGUCACAUCCUGGCUGGUACCAUCAAAGACAUUGUCACCAGGUUUGCCCAUCAGAGCGGCUUUCAUGUAGACAGGAGAUUUGGCUGGGAUUGCCAUGGAUUGCCUGUGGAAUAUGAGAUUGAUAAGACGCUUGGCAUUAAAGGGCCAGAGGAUGUGGCCAAGAUGGGGAUCGCUGAGUACAACAAGCAGUGCAGGAACAUUGUUAUGAGAUACUCAAAUGAAUGGGAGGUAUCUGUAACCCGUAUGGGAAGAUGGAUUGACUUUAAGAAUGACUACAAGACUCUUUACCCUUGGUUCAUGGAGACUGUUUGGUGGGUGUUUAAGCAGCUGUAUGACAAAGGCAUGGUCUACAGGGGAGUGAAAGUCAUGCCAUUCUCCACUGCCUGCAAUACUCCCCUGUCUAACUUUGAAUCUCACCAGAACUACAAGGAUGUCCAAGACCCAUCUGUCAUUGUCAGCUUCCCUUUGUUGGAGGAUGAGGCUGUGAGUCUUAUUGCCUGGACCACCACCCCCUGGACCCUGCCCAGUAACCUGGCCCUCUGUGUCAAUCCAGAGUUCCAGUAUGUCAAGGUCAAAGAUAAUGCCAUUGGGAAGGUCUAUAUCAUGAUGGAGGCACGUCUGGGAGCUCUGUUCAAGUCGGAGGCUGAGUACACCCUGCUGGACAAGUUCCCUGGCAAGGCACUGAAAGGGAAGAAGUAUAAGCCACUCUUUGAGUACUUCAGCAGGUGUAAGGAGACUGGGGCCUUCCAGGUGGUGUUGGAUAACUAUGUCCGUGAAGAAGAGGGUACAGGAGUGGUCCACCAGGCUCCAUACUUUGGCGCUGAUGAUUAUCGCGUCUGUAUGGACUAUGACAUUAUUCAGAGAGACUCUGCGCCAAUCUGUCCUGUGGAUUCAUCCGGCUGCUUCACGGCUGAAGUCACCCACUUUGUUGGGCAAUAUGUGAAGGAUGCUGACAAAAACAUCAUCAAAUGUUUGAAAGAAAAUGGCCGCCUGGUAAACGCCAGCUCGUUUAAACACAGCUACCCUUUCUGCUGGAGGUCAGACACCCCGCUGAUCUACAAGGCAGUACCAAGCUGGUUUGUUCGUGUUGAGCACAUGGUUGAGAAACUUUUGGAAAACAACGGCAAAUGUUACUGGGUGCCAGAGUUUGUGCGGGAGAAGCGAUUUGGCAACUGGCUGCGUGACGCUCGUGACUGGGCCAUCUCACGGAACCGCUACUGGGGCACCCCUAUCCCACUGUGGGUCAGCGAUGACUACGAGGAGGUUGUGUGUGUGGGCUCCAUGGCUGAGCUUGAAGAGCUGAGUGGAGUGAAAGUAACCGAUCUGCAUCGGGAGAGCAUUGAUGAUCUGACCAUUCCUUCUCGCUGUGGCAAAGGCCAGCUGAAGCGUGUGUCCGAGGUGUUUGACUGCUGGUUUGAGAGUGGCAGUAUGCCUUACGCUCAGGCCCACUAUCCCUUCGAGAACCGCAGGGAGUUUGAAGACACCUUCCCUGCUGACUUCAUCGCAGAGGGCAUCGACCAGACCAGAGGAUGGUUUUACACACUGCUGGUGCUGUCUACUGCCCUCUUUGGGAGACCGCCCUUCAAAAAUGUGAUUGUCAAUGGACUGGUGCUGGCCAGUGAUGGGCAGAAGAUGAGCAAAAGGAAGAAGAACUACCCUGACCCAACUCUUAUUGUGCACAACUAUGGCGCUGAUGCCUUGAGGCUCUACCUGAUCAACUCCCCGGUGGUGCGAGCGGAGAACCUGCGCUUCAAGGAGGAGGGCGUGAGAGAUGUGCUCAAGGAUGUCUUCCUGCCCUGGUACAACGCCUAUCGCUUCCUGGUGCAGAAUGUCCACAGGUUGCAAAAGGAGGAGGGCACCCCAUUCAUGUACCAUGAGGGCACUGCCAAGACCAGCAGCAACAUCAUGGACAAGUGGAUCCAGUCCUUCACGCAGUCACUGAUCCAGUUCGUCAAGGCUGAGAUGGAAGGGUACAGGCUCUACACUGUGGUUCCCAGACUGGUCAAGUUUGUGGACAUGCUCACCAACUGGUAUGUGCGGACCAACCGCAGGCGUCUGAAGGGUGAGAGUGGAACGGAGGAUUGCUUGUGGGCGUUGGAGACCCUCUUCAGUGUGCUGUUCUCCAUGUGCCGGCUGAUGGCUCCCUUCACUCCCUUCAUCACAGAGAUGAUGUAUCAGAACCUCCGGCAUCUGAUCCAUCCAUCCAGUGUGGAGGAGAAGGACGCCAGCAGCAUUCACUACCUUAUGCUGCCUCAAGUCAGGGAGUCAGUGAUUGACAAGCGCAUUGAGAGCGCCGUGUCCCAGAUGCAGUCUGUCAUUGAGCUGGGCCGAGUCAUCCGGGACAGGAAGACCAUGCCUGUGAAGUAUCCCCUGAAGGAGGUGGUGGUGAUCCACCAGGACCCUGAAGCUCUCCAGGAUAUCCAGUCCCUACAGAAGUACAUUCUAGAGGAGCUGAAUGUGCGCCAGCUUACUCUGUCCACUGACAAAGACAAAUAUGGCAUCCGUCUGAGGGCGGAGCCUGAUCACAUGGUGCUGGGCAAGCGUCUGAAGGGAGCCUUCAAGUCUGUCACUGCCUCCAUCAAGGAGCUCAAGAGUGAGCAGCUGGAGGUGUUCCAGAAGACUGGUUCCAUUGUGGUGGAUGGCCAUGAGCUCCAUGAGGAGGAUCUGCGUUUGAUGUACACCUUUGAUCAGACCUCUGGCUCAUCAACUCAGUACGAGGCCCACUCCGAUGCGCAGGUGCUGGUUCUGCUCGAUGUUACACCAGACCAGUCCAUGGUGGAUGAAGGUGUUGCCCGUGAGGUCAUCAACCGCAUUCAGAAAUUGCGCAAAAAGGGCCACCUGGUUCCCUCUGAUGAAAUCACAGUGUACUACAGCUGCCAGCCUGCAGGGGAGUACCUGGACAAAGUUAUCCAGGCACACACAGACUUCAUCCUGGCCACCACCAAGGCUCCACUCAAAGCCUACCCUGUGCCCAGCACGGCCAGUGUCAUCAUUCAGGAGAAAACUCAACUGAAGGGUGCAGACCUGGAUCUGACCAUCGUGAAGGGAGCCGCAGCUUCAAGAGCCCCCCUUAAUGGCCCAGCCUGUGCCUACGUCAACCUCAGACUUCAUUUCGGCAGCAAGGAGCAAGAGGGUGUUGUGCUUCUGGAGAAUCCCAAAGGAGACAACAAGCUUAAUGUGGAGAAACUGAAAACGGUGUGCCAGAGCAUCUUUGGGCAGCAGAACUCCUCAUUUGCAGUGUUCAAUGGGAAGAAUGAGCUAACUGGAAAAAGUGAUCUGUUUGCACUGAGUGGGAAGACUCUGGAUGUGUCCACAAAUGGAGUCUCCAGUGAAGCUCCCAGCUCUAACACCCUACUCUGUCCCUAUGUCAACCUCCAACUUGUCAAUGCUCAGCCUUCAGAAUGCCAAAGUGGGGAUGUGGGAACUCUGCUGCUGUCCAACCCAGUGGGCCAGAAUGGCCUUACGCGGAACAGCCUCCUCACAGAGACCGGCAAGGUGUUUGGCCUCCGCAGUCGAAGACUCAAGCUCUUCCUGGAUGAAGACCUCUCACAAGAGUUCACAGAUCAAUGUCCUCUGAAGACCCUGAACGCGAAAACUUUGUUUGUUUGGGUGCGGCCCACAACUGCUGAAGCCUGAAUAUGAGGGAACCUACAUCAAAGAUGUGAAGUGACCUGUCCACCUUCAAUAUUAACAAUACUGUACAACUUCUUUUGUUGCUGAAGAAUGAUGUGGAAAGUCUCUACUUUUCUUAUCAGGUCAGAAAGGGCUCUGUUCACCAUUCUGGGCUUUCUUUAGGGAAUAAUCAGAAGGACUGUGGAGAAUCUGUCUAGUGGGUGUGGAAUCUUCUGUUUUUAGGUGCCAUAUACGUAAGGGAAAUGUCAAUCAUGGGGAAAUUAAGAACAAAACGUUACAAUUUUAAACAUACAUACUGUUUUACAACAUAAUUUGUGUCUCAUUUGUUGCCUAAUGUUGAAGGUUUCCCCAAUGAACUCCUGGCUUUCAAAGCACACUCUCAAAUUGGUCCUUCUAUAUGAACCUAAAACAUGAUGCAUAUAACUUUAGAAACAAACAAAUAAAGUACUUUGAACCAUCA